AUGGCAUGCAAAUUGCAUGUUCGAUCAAACAGUUUGCCAAAUGGAUCUCAUCCAUGCUCCUCAAGAGUGCAAGAGCAGUUGAACAACCUCAGGAACUUUGAAGCAACCUGCACAUCUGAGUCGGUUGCCAAAGGCUUGUCCAUGUUGGAAGAUGUAUACUUCUCCUUGGACAAUCUUCUCAAUGUUGGUUCAACCCAGAAGGCCAUUUCUGAUCAUCAAAGUGAGAAAUGCUUCCAAGAGAUCUUGGAUGGCUCAAUCAAAGUCUUGGAUGUGUGUGGCAUUGCAAGGGACACUGUCAUGCAGAUCAAGGAGAAUGUACAAUCCCUUCAUUCAUCUCUUAGAAGAAGAAAGGGAGACUCAUGCAUUGAAAAGAGCAUAGCCGAAUACAAUUCCUCCUCAAAGAAGAUGAGGAAGAAUGUCAACAAGUUGAUCACAUCUUUGAAGCACCUACAAAGCAAAUAUGGAAUCUUAAAUCAGCAUCAAGAUCUUAGCAUUCUAAGCGAAGUGAUAGCAAUAAGCAUGUGUGUCUUCCAAUGUCUGCUAUCAUUCUUGGGUGGUCCUUCAAAGUCAAAGGCAAGCAAAUGGAUGAACAAGUUGAUGCAAAAGGGAGAAGUGAACUCAGAGAGUGGCAAUGAAUUGCAAUUGGUGGAUGCAGCUUUGAACACCCUCUUAAAUGAAGGUGCAAAAGGCUCCCAGAUUCAUGCUUCCAAUGAACAAUUAGAGGCUUUGGAGAUUGCUAUUGAAAGCAUUGAGAGUGGUUUGGAGAACUUAUUUAGGCGCAUGAUUAAGACUAGAACAUCCCUUUUGAACAUAUUAUCCCAAUAGAAUACACACUAUCUUCAGAAUACCAAUUUUGAUCUACCAUAUGUGUAUAUAUAUAUGUGUACAAAUGCAAUCAAAUCAAAU